AAGCCUAGCCACACUGGUUCUAGGAUGUCAGCAGGUCCACCCUGGGCGGGGUUUCUACCCAGGCCUGGAGGAAGGCUCAGGAACCUCCUUUGGCCCUGAAUGAGGGGCUGGGCUGGAAGGAACACUGAGCUGCCUGCUGCAGGGCCGGCCACCUGUCACCCAUUCGGAGGGCUUUUCUGUUACCGCAGCCAGAAGAGGUCACACAAGACUUCUUCUGUUCCUGUUUGCGGCAGGAGAAACAGAGCCCUCGGCUCAAAGCUGGAGGACUGUUAGAGGCCUGGCGACACCAUCUUGAUCUGCCCUGUGCCUGACCCUAGAACCGUGAGAGGCUGGACCCAACUUUUGGCUAAAACACGUCACACAGCCAUGGCCAACGCUCAGGUUCCUUUCUCCUUUCCUCUGGCCCACUUCCUCAUCUUCGUCUUCGUGACUUCCACCAUCAUCCACCUCCAGCAGAGAAUAGUGAAGAUUCCACCUCUGUCAGAGAUGCCCACAGGAGACCCAGCAGUCACAGAGAUGCCAGGGAGUGGCGAGAUGCCAGGGAGGAGCCAGCUGCAGGGCAUGUUCACCAUCAAUUCCAUUGGCCGCCUGGGGAACCAGAUGGGCGAGUACGCCACGCUGUUCGCCCUGGCCAGGAUGAACGGAAGGCCCGCAUUCAUCCCCGCGGCCAUGCACAGCGCCCUGGCGCCCAUCUUCAGGAUCAGCCUUCCGGUGCUGCACGGCGACACGGACCGGAGGAUCCCGUGGCAGAACUACCACCUCAACGACUGGAUGGAGGAGCGGUACCGCCACAUCCCGGGACGCUAUGUGCGCCUCACUGGCUACCCGUGCUCCUGGACCUUCUACCACCACCUGCGCCCCGAGAUCCUGCAGGAGUUCACCCUGCACGACCAUGUGCGCGAGGAGGCCCAGGCUUUCCUGCGUGGCCUGCGGGUGAACGGGAGCCAGCCGAGUACGUUUGUGGGUGUCCAUGUGCGCCGGGGGGACUAUGUGCAUGUCAUGCCCAAUGUGUGGAAGGGCGUGGUGGCUGACCGGGGUUACUUGAAGCAGGCCCUGGACAGGUUCCGGGCCCGUUAUCCAUCUCCAGUCUUCGUGGUCACAAGCAAUGGCAUGGCCUGGUGCAGGGAGAACAUCGAUGCCUCCCGAGGGGAUGUGGUGUUCGCUGGCAAUGGUAUCGAGGGUUCGCCAGCCAAGGACUUCGCACUGCUCACCCAGUGCAACCACACCAUCAUGACUAUUGGAACCUUCGGGAUUUGGGCUGCCUACCUGGCAGGUGGGGACACCAUCUACCUAGCCAACUACACCCUUCCAGAUUCUCCCUUCCUCAAAAUCUUUAAGCCAGAGGCAGCCUUCCUACCCGAGUGGGUGGGCAUCCCUGCAGACCUGUCCCCACUCCGUAAGCACUAACACAAGCCAGUCCUUGGUCCCCCUUCCAUCUCUAGGCAGGAGGAGCUGUGUGUUAGACUCACAGGAAGAGUCUUCUCUCUGGAAGAAGUGUGCCCAGGGCUGCAAACAUGAGAACAACUGAUGUGUUCAGCAAACACGUUUACAGGUUAGGCAUCACCAGUAUUCAUUAACUGACUAGCUCAGACACAUCCUCGGUGCCCAGUGCCCGCCAACCACCACAGUGCCAUCACCAUGUUUUAGCACAGCUUUCUCAUCGUGCCGGAAAGGCUGCCACCUGAAGACAGCCACUUCCGGAAGCAGCAAGAGAAGGUUCACUGCCUCACUUGGGUCCUUUGCAGGGUGAGACAAACACUCGUCUGUCCACUUUUUGUCACUAUACUGAAAUACCUGCAGCUGGCUCAUUAUAAAGGUGCAGUGAGUACCUCAUGGGGAUGGCAUUCCCGGGAUGGGCCAGUCAACAGUGUAUGGGAAGCAUGAGCAAGGAGAGGGACUGGACUUUAUAGCAACCACCUUUCAAGAACUGACUACUGAGACUGUUCACCCCUUUGAAGGUGGUGCCUUCAAUGUCCUAAGAACUUGUUGAGGUCUGUUAAAAUUUUAUUUUUAUCUUAAUUACGGGUAUACGUGUGGGUGUGUGCACUUGAGUGCAGUAGGAUCUUCAGAGGCCAGAACUGGGUGUCAGAUCCCCUGGAGCUGAAGUUAUAGGCAGCUGGAUGCUGGCAAUUGCUCUCUGAACCUCUCUCCAGUCCCCUUGGCUCUGCCUCUCAAAGGUCUGGCCAUCGCCACAAGGACCAUAGUCAAGUCCAAUGAAAACCACACCUCUGUAAGCACCCCAGCAGCUAACUCCUGGUCCCCUUGACAAGAACGGUGUCACUACAUGCCCACGUGGCUCAUUAUGAGUCAAGGAGAAAGAGAAUGUGGGAUUGGUUUAGCCUGAGAUCCGAAGCAGCAGGUUCACUGCACAAAGUCAGCUGGUCAUAAAGAAGGUGAAGGCUCUCCGGAGCCCACAGUGUUCCCACCACAUUGCUUGUUCUCGGGACUCCACCCACCAAGGGCUUUCUCUUUGUCUUACUCAGUCCAUCCGAGAACUCUGUGAGUGGAACUCAGUGCAGAUGCAUCAGUCACACAUCCACCUCUGCAGCCCUGGCUUCCUGGAGACCAGUGUGGCGUCCCUAGGCCCAGGGGAAUCCUCCAGAUAUUUCAGUGUGUGAUACCAUCUUGUUACACUUCAGGUGUGAGCACAUACCAUGAUACUCCUCUCACAAUUGAGGAAUGCAACCUAUAUAGACGCCAUUAUGAUAACAGGGUGAUGUAGGAGAAAGAACCCUUGAAGAAGUUCUGGGACAGCAUGAACCCUAAAGUGUCUCUCUAGACCCCCUGCUACAUUGUUGGUGCUGGCAUAGUGCAUGGGUGGCCUGGAGUAGGUGGCAGUGGCACCUCCCCUUCAUCCUAGCACUGGGAAGCCUAAAGCAGGAGGACCUGGCAUUUGGAGGCCAGCCUGUGCUACAUUCUGAGACCCAGUCUCAAAAAAGAAGAUCUUCAAACUGGGGGUGGUGGUGGACACCUGUGGCCCCAGCAUUAAGGGAGUGAGGGGAGGAAGAUCAGGAGUUCACGUCAUCAGCUUACAGGGAGUCCAGGCCAGUCUCAGAGACAAAGAAAAUCACAAAAUCCAGGCUGGUCUUGGGUGGCACAUACUUUUAAUCCCAACACUCAGCAGGCAGAGGCAGGUGGAUCUCUUAGUUUGAGGCCAGAGUGGGCUACAUAGAGAAACCCUGUCUCAAAAAAACAAAAAAGAAAAAAAAAUUGUAAAUCUAAAAGAAACGAAAGUAUGCCUCUCCACAAUCACAUGGUUUUUGUUGUUGUUGUGGGUUUUUUGUUUUGUUUUGUUUUGUUCUUUUGUUCUUUUGAGACAGGGUCUCUACAUAGCUCUGGCUGUCCUGGAACUCAUAAUGUGGAACAGGCUAGCCUUGAGAUCUGCCUGCCUCUGCCUCCAGAGUGAUAGGAUCAAAGGCGUUCUCAGCCCAAUUUCACAUUCUUGAAAGUGAUAAAAUGGGUUUGAGCCAUUUCUCCAUCUGGAGAGGGGGGAUGAGGGUGGUGCACACCUUUAAUUCCAGCACUCAGGAGGCAGAGAAGCAGGCAUAUGGAUCUCUGUGAGUCCAGGCCAGCCAAGCUAUGUAGAGACCCUGCCUCAAAAUCAAAAGACAAAACAAAACAAUAGGACAGAGAAUGAAUGAAAACUGAUCAUAGUGGGAGAUGAACUGAGUAUAGGAAAAGCAAUAAACUUUACCUAUCACUGGGUGGAUCAUUUGGAAUGUGAAUUCUAUCUCCAAAUGCCGUCAAGACAGACCAGCUCUGUGUCCACUGAUUUUCAACAGUCAUACAGCUGUAUAACCAGAAUCACACUUAAGAGAAAGGGUUAUGUGUAGUCCACCUAAUUUGAGCACUCUAGAAGCUGAAGCCUGAUGAUGUCCAGUUUGAGCACAGCCUGGGCUACAUAGGGAGAUCUUGUCUUGUGGAAGGAAGGUGAGGGAGAGAAGGAGGAAGAAGGAAAUGGAAGGAAACAAGAUGCCCUCCCCUCUCUGAAGACCAGGGUGGCAGGUGGGUGAAAGAACAGGUUUGGGGCUCCCAGGGACACUGAGGCCAGGGGAGGGGCUGAAGUUUGUGAAGUUAGGGUAACAGUGGUGAGGAGUGCUGAUCUCAGCUUUGCCUGCUCUGUGCUCAAGCCAGCAACCUCACCAAACUGCCCUAGCCUUCCAAAUCUCCACCUUCUUGAGAAUUCCAUGGCCACCCCAACCCUACCUCUCCUGGGGCUGUGAAGGGCUCUGCAGCGCUCUCCACCCAAGGCUGACUGGCUGAGGGAAGAUGGUAACAGUGGGCAGGAGGUGGGAGGGAGCCUCGGUUGGAAACUGGUGUCCAUGAGCUCAAGGCUCCCGGGAUGAGGGAUGGAUCAUCCAGAUGAGAGACGGCAGCUGUGACUGGACAAGGAUGGGGAGAAGGAUGUUUCCUUCACCAGAGGGUGAACCAGAGAUGGCAAGGAGACUAAAUGGAGGCAGAGGACAUGGGCCAGGAAAGGACCUGAGUAGCCUCAGGGAGAGAAGGGCGUGGGAAUAAGGACAAUCAGAUGCUGUCUCCAAAAUCGAGCCCUAGGGCUCCGGAGAGACGGCUUGCUGCUCUUGCAGGUGCUGUUACAGUUCCUGGCACCCACGUCAGGCAGCUCGCCACUCCAGCUUCAGGGGAGGGACGGGUUCCUCAGGCUUCCGAGGACCUGAGCAUGUGUGUGGUGUGCGUAUACACACAAAUAAAAAUGUAAAAAUACAAGAAACAAGAAGGGAAGUGUCUAGAGCCUGAAGAAGA